GAACAUGACCAUCAAUAGAAAACCUGAAGUUGAAGCAGAGAAGUCAACCUGUAAGUCUUACCUCUUAUGAGGAGGAGGCCAAACCAAAUUGAGGAGUUAACUAAUAGAAAAGUUACAUGAUGAACACGACUGAAAUGCUGCACAGCACAAACAGCGACUACAGUUAUGACUAUGAAGACCUGCUUUCUCCAUGUAACUUCGGAUCAGCAAAGAUUUUUGGUGAAAGCUGCCUAACAGUGAUUUACUCACUUGUGUUUGUCUUUGGUCUCUCAGGGAAUAUCCUUGUACUGUGGAUUCUUCUAAAACAAAAACUGCUGAAGAAUAUGACAGACAUCUAUCUUUUCAAUUUAGCAUUAUGUGAUUUGCUUUUUGCUAUAACUCUUCCCUUCUGGGCAUAUUUUGCUGCAAAUGAAUGGAUUUGGGGAGAUGCCUUUUGCAAGAUCAUUAAUGUCUGUUACAUCCUUGGCUACUCCGGUGGUGUAAUGUUCAUAAUCCUGAUAAGUAUAGACCGGUACCUUGCGAUUGUUCAUGCUGUGUCUCUGCUCAGGGCUAGGACAGCUCGAUGUGGGAUUAUUUCCAGUGUAGUGAUGUGGUGUGUAGCUACGUUCACCUCUCUUCCCACGAUGAUAAAUAACAAAAUCGACAACAUUGAUGGAAGAAUUGUUUGCCAUACUUCAUUUCCAUCUGAAAAAUCAUCAAGGUGGAAACUUCUUAGCCUUUUCAGUGCCAAUGUGUUUGGUUAUUUUAUUCCAUUUGCUGUGAUGGUUUUCUGUUAUACAAGAAUAAUUCAAACCCUGCUUAAAAACAAAAGUUAUAAGAAACACAGGGCUAUAAAAGUUAUACUUAUUGUUGUGAUUGUGUUUUUUGUAUUUUGGACACCGCACAACACAGUGAUGUUCCUGGAGUCUUUGAGAGAACUGCAUAUUUUAACUGGCUGUGAAUUCAGCAUACGGCUGAUUAUUGCCCAGCAAAUAACUGAAUCCAUCACGUUUGUACACUGUUGUUUAAAUCCUAUAAUUUAUGCGUUCUUGGGUGAAAGGUUCAGAUUGCACCUCCGCAGAGUUUUUCACACCUGUUUGCCUUCAUUACUUAAAUAUAAAGCACGUGCCAAACCUCAUUCAGCUUCCCACAAUUUUGCUGCCUCUGUUCGUUCACAGUCCUCUCGUGGUCAUGACUCGUCCACCUUUAUUUAGUUCAGUAUAUGAAAUUGCCUGUAAACAUCUUUGUGUAUAUACUCUGUUCUCACAUUUGUACAAAC